CAGACACAUGUCAGGUAGACGGAUCUCAGACAAUUCAUUGUCGCUGUUCUGUUGACGCCUCGAACCUCAGACAUGGUCCUAUAAUCCAACUCGCGCUUCCACCCACCUCCAACUGCGACGCUCGUUUGCCCCCCCCAAUCCACCAGGCCUCCUGGCCCCACACCUUCACCAUGCACUUCGCCAUGCCACCGCGCAAGACCUCGCGGCCGCCGCCAUACGCCGCGCGCAACACCCAGACUGCCUCCAUCAUGCCGCCUGCGCUGCGAAAUCUCCUGCGCAGCAAGCCCCGCGUCGCCGGCGCCGUGCUGGGCUUCCUCACAUUGCUCUGGCUGCUGGGCAUAAUAGGCGGGCGCUCCAGCUCCGCGCCCCUGGCCAACAUACCCAAGGUCGCGGUGGGAAGCGGUGCGCCGGUCGUCGUCGUCACGGUGCUGGAUCCCAGCGCGAACCCGGCGUGGACGGCGAAGAUCAAGGCGAACAGGGAGGAGUACGCGAAGAAGCAUGGCUACCUCACCCACUUCCCCACGCCCUCGCAGUACCCCCUCAACAAAGCGCCCAGCACGUGGUCCCGCGUCCCCGCGCUCCGCCACGCCAUGACGCUGCACCCCGGCUCGACGUUCUUCUGGUAUCUCGACAGCACUGCGUUGAUAACGGCCCCCGACGUGUCGCUCGAAUCGCACCUGCUCAACCCAGCCGUGCUCGAGAAACACAUGAUCACCAACGCGCCCGUGGUUCCGCCAGACAGCGUGAUCAAGACGUUCAGCAACCUGAAGGGCGAGCGGAUCGAUUUCGUCGUCACGCAGGACAAGGAGGGACUGAGCGAUGCAAGCUUCGUGGUGCGCAACGGCGAGUGGGCCAAGUUCUUCCUGGACGCGUGGUUCGACCCCAUCUACCGCAGCUACAACUUCCAGAAGGCCGAGGCGCACGCGCUCGAGCAUAUCGUGCAGUGGCACGGCACUAUCCUGGCCAAGCUCGCCAUGGUCCCGCAAUCGCUGCUCAACGCAUACGUCUCGGGCCCCAGCGCCGACAAGGGCCAGUACAAGGAGGGCAACUUUGUGGCCAACUUUCCCGGCUGCGAUAAGGAAGGGCGGAGCUGUGCGGAGGAACAGAAGCCGUUCUUCGAGGUGCUAGAGCGGAAGAAGCAGGAGUACGCCUAGACGCGCAGCAUGCUCGGCGGCGAAGAGGACAAGAGAGGCUGUUGUGUGAAGUGAGGGAAUACCGCUGAUCUUGACGGACAGUUCGAUUCGCCGAUCAGCAUCGCGGGAGUAGCUUGCUUGUGCGCAUCUGACACGGGACAUGGGGCGAUUGCGCGGCCGAGGAAGUGGGCGGCAUGGAGUACGGCGUUAGCCACCAAGCGGUGGCGUAUGAAGCCAUGUAUACAUACAUACAUUACAGUCCCAUCUAAUUUACACUCUACAGUCCACG